AUUUCGUUGAAAUGCUGCUGAUCACCGCCCAUCGAAACCAACCCAAAAACUCCAAGAGAUGGCCUCAAUCUGCUUACCGCGAACACCGGGGAACUGCUCCGGCGACGACGGUAACGAGGCAGAGGAAGUCUCAGCCGUUACGGUAAACGAUUCGUUCCAAAGGAACGGCUCAUAUACAGAUACUACUGGUAGUGGUAGAGGCUCAUGGAAACACGCUGCGUUCCACGUGGCUACCACCAUCGCCACUCCUGCCGCCUAUGCUCCGCUUCCCUUCGCUGUGUCGUCUCUUGGAUGGCCUCUAGGAGUGCUUAGUUUGGUGGGUGCAACCUUAACCACAUGGUAUUCUAGUCUUCUGAUUGCAUCUCUAUGGGAAUGGGAUGGGAAGAAGCACACCACUUAUAGACAUCUUGCUGGUAGCAUUUAUGGAAAUUGGGGUUACUGGUCUAUUGCAUUUUUCCAGCAGGUGGCUUCUUUGGGCAACAAUAUCGCCAUUCAAAUUGCUGCUGGAAGUAGCCUUAAGGCAGUGUACAAAUACUACCAUGAAGAGGGUAGUUUAACACUUCAACAUUUUAUCAUCUUCUUCGGGGUCUUUGAACUUGUUCUUUCUCAGCUUCCAAAUAUCCAUUCACUUAGAUGGUUAAAUGCUGUUUGCACUUUUAGUACAAUUGGAUUCGCUGCCACAACUAUUGGUGUCACAAUCUACAAUGGGAAGAAGAUCGAUAGAAGGACUGUAAGUUAUAGUCUCCCUGGAAGCUCUUCAGCAAAGAUGUUCAAAGCCUUUAAUGGUCUUGGGGUUAUUGCAUUUUCGUUUGGUGAUGCCAUGCUUCCAGAAAUUCAGAGUAGUGUUAGAGAGCCAAUGAAGAAAACAAUGUAUAAAGGGAUAGCAGCCGCAUAUAUAAUCAUUGUGUUGAGUUACUGGCAAUUGGCGUUUUUUGGAUACUGGGCGUUUGGUUCAGAAGUUGAGCCGUUUAUUGUUGCCUCUCUUACAACACCUGAAUGGACCACUGUUAUGGCAAAUCUUUUUGCUGUCAUCCAAAUAUGUGGAUGUUUUCAGAUAUAUUGCAGGCCAACAUACGCCUUUUUUGAAGAAAAAAUGAAAAAGGCAUCAAGCGAACAAAGUGGUGGUACUCGAGUUCCUUUGAAAAAGCAUGUUAUUAUACGUCUGUUAUGGGUUGCAUUGGUGCUGUUAACUUCAUCAUAG